CUUCUCCAUCUCUAAUGGCAUCAAAAUAUUUUCGUAAAUUUGCAACAAAAAACAUAAAUUGAAUUAAAACAAUGGCUGAUUUCGGCGGGGACUCGGGUGCUCGUCUUAAGGGCGUCACCAUUGUCAAGCCCAUUGUGUACGGAAACAUCGCGCGCUCUUUUGGCAAGAAGCGCGAGGAGGACGGACACACGCAUCAGUGGAAGGUCUAUCUGAAGCCCUACUUCAAUGAGGAUAUGUCCAUAUACGUGAAAAAAGUGCAUUUUAAGCUGCACGAGAGCUAUGCGAACCCCAAUCGCAUUGUGGUCAAGCCCCCAUACGAAGUGACCGAGACCGGCUGGGGUGAAUUCGAGGUUGUUAUAAAAAUCUACUUCAAUGAUCAGACGGAGCGACCGGUGACCUGCUACCACAUACUGAAGCUGUUUCAAUCGCCCGUCGUUGAUGGCGAGCUGACUUCCACCACCACAAUGGACACCAAGAAGGGCCUUGUAUCGGAGUCGUAUGAGGAAAUCGUUUUCCAGGAGCCCACACAUGUCAUGCAGCAUUACCUGAUGCUCUCGGAACAGAGUUCCAAUGGACUGCUUAGCCACGACACUGACUUUGAUGAAAAGAAGACUAAAACGUUGGACAACAUUGUCAAUGUAAAGAAGAAGGUGAAGGGAGAGAUUCUAACACUAAAGGACAAACUGAAGCUGGCACGGGAAACUAUCUCGAAAUUUAAGGCGGAAUUGGCCAAGGUGCAAAAGACACCUGCGUAAUACCUGCAUCUCCAGGCGACAAUGUUGCUGCUGAGACAGUUUUGGGGGGCAAUCUCAAGGGCAUUAAUUGAGGAUCUAUUAAUAUGAGGGAAAAGUACCGGGAGCAUCUACGGCAAAUGAGUGCACUGCUCUGCUCUUUCGUCCUACUUUUUAUUAGUAAUUAUGGAAAUGUAAUUUGUAAUUAAUAAAUUGAUUGUAAGUUCGA